AUUCAUGCCUACUUCGUAUGUCGCCAUUUAGUUGUCUUUUGCGUCUUGAAAAUUUUUACUUGUUGCGAAUUUUAUUUUUUUGCAUUUUGAUAGUUGUUUAAUUUAUAAUCAUGGCCGGAAUUUAUACCGUGUUAAUGGUGGGAGUUUUGGCAGUUGUGCCGGUGUUGUACGGGCAAAAUCAGAAUCUGACCGCUUCCGGUCUGAAUAAUUCUACCGUUGUCCUGCCGGCACCCUUUAUUCACGGAGCAGGAGGGAAAUCUCUGAGCACCGAAGAAAUCGUCCAGCGUGAACGCGACGCCAUUCCCAAUCUGGCCUCCCAGCCGCUGCCCUCCGCGGCGGGCGCUGCUGCUGCCCUGGCCGGUCACAAUGCCGACGCCAGCAACACCAACACCACGUCCUCUUCCGCCGGGUCCUCCGCUGCCGCCGCUUCCGACGCGUCGGCCUCCCAGUCGCAGAAUGCAACGGAGGCCACAACCGCUGCUGCGACAUCCGCCCAGAGCGCUGCAUGACCUUACAUCGCCGGACCACGAAAACGGCCGUUCUUCGUCUAUAUACACCUGUCUGGUCAUUUUUACCAACUGCAUGGAAGUAAAAAUAAUAUUAUUAUUAACUGGACAUAAUGUUGUUACAGUUAACACUAGCGUUAACUUGAAGAAUAUGGAUAGAAUCAACUGUUUGAUUUUCUAGUGAUAAUCUUCAGUACCAAAGCGGCAUGACGUUGUACUGUACACUGUAUGUACAGUAAGGCAUAUUUGAACUCUGGUUUACAGAAUUAAAAAUGCUAUUCAGAGUAA